AUGAAGUUCAUCGCUGCCCUCUUCCUCGCUGUCACUGCCGUCAUGGCCGCUUCCAACGAUGCCCUCCAGUGUGCUCAGGUUGCUGAACGCUGCAACCCCAAUGGCUCCCCUCCGGUCGAGUGCUGUCUCGCUGAUUGCUAUAUCCCCGAAGGAGAGACCCAGGGAUGGUGCCGCAAGAACUAG